GGGCUGACUGACUGAUCCGACGACUGUCUGGAGGAACGAGACCGUUACACGGGCUCCGCGUACCUGUCUCCGGCCUUAUCGGAGGAAACGCACAGGAUGUUCGCUGCACAUGUUGGACUCCCCAAGUGGCGUCUCUCGGCGCAGGGGCCGACGGACCAGGCCGAGACGGGGAAGCUGUGCCGAAGCAGCGGGAGUUUGGGUCCACCGCUCUCGGUCUGUCACGCAAACGCUCCCUUUUUGGACACUCAGCUGUGGACGCGACUGCGGUAACUCGGCUUCAUGUUUCUCGCCGUCUGUCCGUCAGAGGACCAGCUACGGUCAGCUGUUGCCUCGGCCCCGCGGGGACUCUGGAGGACGCGCACUGAUUGCUCUUGUGGCAGCCGGGAACAUCAUCGGCUCUGGGAUCUUCAUCUCUCCGAAGGGGGUCCUGGAGCACUCGGGCUCGGUGGGUUUGGCGUUGGUGGUUUGGUUACUGGGAGGAUGCCUCGCCGCCUUGGGCUCCUUGUGCUACGCCGAACUCGGCGUCACCAUCCCCAAAUCUGGAGGAGACUACUCCUACGUCACUGAGAUAUUCGGUGGUCUGAUGGGGUUUCUCCUGCUGUGGAGCGCCGUCCUCAUCAUGUACCCGACCACGCUGGCUGUCAUCGCCCUCACCUUCUCCAGCUACGUCCUGCAGCCCGUCUUCCCAAACUGCGUUCCUCCAUACAUGGCCACGCGGAUGCUCUCCGCCACCUGUCUCCUGCUGCUGACCUGGGUGAACUGCUCUAGUGUUCGUAUGGCCACCAGGAUCCAGGACGCCUUCACCGUGGGGAAACUGAUGGCUCUGGGUCUCAUCAUUGUGGUUGGCCUGGUCCAGAUCUUCAACGGGAACUACGAGGCUCUGGCUCCUCAGGUGGCCUUUUCCCUGGACAGGACGCCGUCAGUCGGGCAGAUCGCUCUGGCCUUCCUGCAGGCCUCCUUCGCCUUCAGCGGCUGGAACUUCCUCAACUACGUCACAGAGGAGGUGGUUGAACCCAGACGGAAUCUACCUCGCGCCAUCUACAUUUCCAUUCCACUGGUGACCUUUGUGUACACGCUCACCAACAUCGCCUACUUCUCCUCCAUGUCGCCCGAGGAGCUGCUGUCGUCCAAUGCCGUGGCUGUAACGUUCGGGGAGAAGCUUCUGGGGAUGUUCUCCGUCGUCAUGCCCAUCUCCGUGGCUCUGUCCACCUUUGGAGGGAUCAACGGUUACCUGUUCACCUCCUCCAGGUUGUGUUUCUCAGGGGCCAGAGAGGGUCACCUGCCCAGCCUGCUGGCCAUGAUCCACUAUAAGAACUGUACGCCCAUCCCUGCUCUCCUGGUCUGCUGCACUGCCACCAUUGUUAUACUCUGCAUCGGAGAAACACACAACCUGAUCAACUACGUCUCCUUCAUCAACUACCUGUCGUACGGCGUCACUAUUGCGGGUCUGCUGUACUACCGCUGGAAGGAACCCAACCUGUACCGACCCAUCAAGGUGAACCUGCUGGCUCCUGUGUGUUACCUGAUGUUCUGGGUGUUGCUGCUGGGUUUCAGUCUUUACUCAGAGCCGGUGGUUUGUGGUGUCGGUCUCGUCAUCAUGCUCACCGGCAUACCCGUCUACUUCUUGGGUGUCCAUUGGAAAGAAAAACCAAAGUGUAUCUACAACUUCAUCGAGAGGGCGACGUACGUGGGCCAGAGGUUGUGCUUCGUGGUCUUUCCCCAGAUUGAACCCAUCGAGACCGCGAAUGCCUCAGAAUGGACUGACCGGUCAUCAGGCAGGAGCGGUUUGUCCGCCAAUUCUUAAAACUCUUUUCUGAAUAUACAGUAUGAAGAUCUUUGUUUUUGCCUCCUGUUUUUAUUCCGUCACUGUGUAAGUCCAGACGCCUGCUCACGGUAUGGGAGCGAACCUGUCUGACCUUUGACCCUCUGAGACUCUGGUUUUUCCCAACCGAUGAGCGGAAACUCCUGCUCCUCUGCGCGGGCUGCCUGCACUUUUUAUUUUUUUUCCUCUUUUCUACUAAGUCGUCAAAUACAACAACCUAAUGCCAACAGCGUCACGCUGAGAAAAUGACUUUUAUUCCCAUUUUGCACCCAUUUGUUUCUUCUUCUGUAACAUGACAGAACUCUGACCGACGUGCGGUUAUUUCUUCUGGAUGUUCUGCUGGUGUUUUGUCGUGCCUUAAGGCCUUUUCACACCAAGUCCCAAACAAAUCCGUAGUCAGUCUUCUGGGUGCAGUAAACCAGCAGACAACACGUAGCCAAACAUUACCUCCAUAUGUUAUGGCUGAACGUGUGAUUCCAAAACCACGUGCUGGUCUGAUGGCCUCCACUUUCCUGGUUUGCUGUUGAACCUGCUGCAGGGAUCAGCCCCCACUUCAGACACACGAGCAUUAGUGAGGUUCAACACCGAUGUCGGGUGAUCAGGUCUAGCUCAGAGUCGACGUUCCAGUUCAUCCCAAAGGCGCUGGGUGGGGUUGAGGUCAGGGCUCAGUGCAGGACAGUCAACAGGGGGGAAAGCGUUUCUUUGUGGAGCCGGCUUCGUGUCAUGUCAGGACAGGGAAGGCGUCGGAAGCACAUCGUCUUCUUUAAAUACCAUCCUAUGCUGUAGCAUUAAGAUUUUCCUUCACUGGAACUAAGUACAUUUUCUCAGGCAGCUGUCUUUUUUCCCAAUAUUCUAUAUAUAUGUUGCGGAUGUUUCACCAAUUUUUCGAGCUCUUCUACAGCCCCUGUAGCAGCAGUAUUGACAGUGUUUCCUACUGGUCUGAUGGUUCUGACUGAAACUCCACAUGAAAAGAAGGAUUGAACAGCCUCCUCUCUUUACUCGAGUAGAGUCUGUGACGUUACUUUGACUCUGCGCCGUCACUAGUUUUACGUUUUUAAGAAGGAACCUAACACUGCGAUCGUUGCCACUGACAUGUCUCUCUGCUUUUGUUAUCAGGCAACUGUUGAGUCUAACUGAGCCUUUAUCACUGAGCCUUAACGUUAGACUCUUAACCAGAUGCAUAUUUUCUACUUUGCAGAUGUUUGACAGACAAACUAUAAGAGUCCAGGUGUUAGUUUGUAAGUGUUUAGCAUCGUCCGACAGCCUCAAACAACUGAAACCAGCUGGUCUAAUGGCAGGCAAGAAAAAUUCAAGACCUUUGUAAAUGAAAAUUAAGAUAUUUAAAAACUUCUUUUGUGGGUGAACUGAAUUUAUUACUCUUUAGGACCUUUAGAGACCUGCAGAGACCCUGAGUUUUGCUGGAGUUUUGACUCAUUGAGCCUACUGCCUAUUUUUUUUUUUUUUUUGCCGCAUUUUCUCUCAGAUUCGGGUUCUCGUCCAAGGCGUAGGUUUACAGAGUCAACCGGAUGACUGCGCUGAGUAAAUCCUUCAAAUCUAGAUUGUGGACUGAAGUGAAAACACCUGCUUCAGCCCUUUUGUUAAGGAACGGUCUCAACCAAAUAUUUUUCUACCCAUUCAUUUGAAUGAAGAAGGGGGAGGGACAUGCAUUUCCUACUGGUUGCAAAUGAAUCCCGUCUCUUUGGCCUCACGUAGAGUUCCAUCCGACCGAACUUUCUCCAAUCAGGCUGACCCCCUUUGUUCUAGAAACGCACAGUGUACCCUGGUCGAUGCAUCUGUGGCUAGGCGGGCGCUGUCCUGCAUGUCAUCCAGCUCCUGGUGAAAUCAUCAGCUGGGUUCGCUUUGAGCCCAUGAUGUGAGCAGCAGCUCAGUAAAGACCAACCGCCACCACUCUGACUGGUACCACACGUGAACGACACAGAGAUGGAACCGGCUCAGAAUAAAAUUACAACCCAGCCCCUCUGGACUCUGUAUGCAACACGUCAUAGAUAAUAACAUGUUACUUUUUAAAGUGAACGCAAAUUUUUUUUGUCGCAAAAAUGUGGGACUCGGUGUGAACAGGCCUUAACGGGGGAAAAUGUAUAUUGAAAUGUUGUUUAUUAACUGAUUCACUUUAUUAGACUUUAAUAUAUGUUGCGAGUGCCUUUUGCUUUGUGUUUUGCAUUUGAUUAUCUGAGGAGCACUUUGAUCCGCCAUCGCAUGUUCGCUUGCCGUUCAGCACGUGACCUCUUUUCUUCUCUCACAACAAACCGGACGGCGCACGAAGCACCGUCGCGUCCCUGAGGCCGAGGGGCAAACUAGAGCUAAUUAAUCCGCCGUUAACACGGUAGUUGUGUUCACUUUACCUGCUGCUACUCUCACCUCAAACCGCCCUCGCUCUGGUUGGUUGGAACUGGCUGAUUUACUGACACGCUGUGAUUGUAAUCAGAUGGAGAAAUACUUUCAAAUCCUCGCAGCCCUUUUUUCA